UCUCUCGCAUCGCAUCCCACCACCAAGCUCCAGACGCCUCCUCCUCCUCCCCCGCCGCCGCCGCACGCUCCAGAGACCGCAGGCAUGGGCGUCUUCACCUUCGUGUGCCGCGACUCCGGCGCCGAGUGGUCGGCCAAGCAGCACAAGGGCGAGCUCGAGGCCUCCGCCGCCACGCCCUACGACCUGCAGCGCCAGCUCGUCUCCGCCGCCUGCGCCGAGGACAAGUCCGGCGGCGUCCAGUCCUCCUUCACCAUGGUCUCCCCCAAUUCCGCCAUCUUCCAGGUGGUCAUUGGUGGUGCCUCUGCUGGUCCGAUCGGUGGUGGUGCUGGUGGUGGUGGUGCCGCUGCAUCAGGUGGAGCUGCCGCAGAGGCCCCCAAGGCUGAGGAGAAGAAGGAAGAGGAGAAGGAGGAGAGCGAGGAUGACCUUGGCUUCUCCCUCUUCGAUUAGAUCUUCUUUACCCUGUUGCUCGCCAGAAAUGACAUUGUCCUAUUGCCGCAGUAAUUUUGAUGCCAUGCCCACAGGGUUUGUGAACCUGCCUAGUUUGAUUGUCAAGGGAUGUAUGUGUUACUUUCUGUUCAUGUGAGGAUUUGGUUAUGUUAUUAUGCAGCAUCGAAUAUCCUAAUAUGGCUUUAGUCUUGCCAGUUUAGAAUUUUUGCUCUGUCCUGAAA